CGCAUUCUCACUGUUAACGAAUUGAUCGCCGUUGGCAGAUCCGACGCUCCGUCUAGUAUCUGUCGUUAACCGAGCCAUAGAUGGCUUUUUCCUUGUGUCGCUUUGUCGGACUAAAAGGAGGGACUUCUGUGGUUCGUAAUACAUUAGUUAGACUGCAGUCUACUGCGUCUAGCGCGAAUCUUAAUCUAGAAGAGUACAAAACAUACAGACUAGAUUCAGCUUUGCCGAGCCAAACGGCCUGUUCUCGUGAUGAUGCAUUACAGAUUUUGACUAUGAUGCAACGUAUUAGAAGGAUGGAGACUGCAGCGGGGAAUAUGUACAAGGAAAACCACAUACGAGGGUUUCUUCAUCUUUAUUCCGGAGAGGAAGCCGUUGCAGUCGGGGUGGAAGCCGCCUUGCAACCUGGUGAUACAAUUAUCACGGCUUAUCGUUGUCAUGGCUACACGAUGACUCGCGGGGUCCCGAUUUAUGCAAUUCUGGCCGAAUUAGCUGGAAGGAAGACCGGAAUUUGUCGGGCUCUUGGCGGUAGUAUGCAUCUUUACCACAAAGAUUUUUAUGGUGGCAAUGGUAUUAUUGGUGCCCAAGUCCCGGUGGGUGUUGGAAUCGGCCUGCGGAUGAAACAUCGUGGGGAGAAUACCGUUUCUGUGACUCUCUACGGUGAUGGGGCGGCUAACCAGGGUCAAGUUUUCGAGGCAUUCAAUAUGGCGAAGCUGUGGAACUUACCUGUCGUGUUUAUUUGCGAGAACAACAAGUAUGGUAUGGGCACCGCGUCUCACCGUGCUGCGGCCAACCCCGCAUAUUACACUCGAUGCGAUUAUAUCCCUGGCAUAUGGGUUGAUGGCAUGGAUGUCCUCACCGUUCGCGAGGCCGUUCGGUUUGCCCGUGACUGGUGUUUGUCUGGCAAGGGCCCAAUCAUCUUGGAGGCAGAGACAUACCGUUACCACGGGCAUAGUAUGAGCGACCCUGGGACGAGCUAUCGGUCACGUGAGGAGGUGCAGGCUAUGCGUCGUCUCCGUGAUCCCAUCACUCUGUUCCAGAAGCGCAUUACCGAAUCACAACUGGUCACUGAUGAGGAAAUCAAGGUGACCACGCGAGAAAGUGUCCGCCGGAACAAUUGUAUGCCUCCGGACAAGCCACUCAACAUCGGCUGCUAGAACGUGCGCACCCACUCAACCGGAACACGAGUCAUGAGACCCGAUCGACGCACUGAGCUGGUCGUAAUAGAGCUCACGCGCUACAGCAUCGACAUUGCUACAAUCAGCUAGACUCGGCUUGCUGGCCAAGGGAAGCUGCAUGAGACUGGUGCUGGUUCCACGUUCUAUUGGGUGGGGUACACCACCUCAGUACUACUUGAACAUGGGGUCGGAUUUGCACUGUCAGACAGCGUAAAUGACCAACUGGUAGCAUAGCCGACUGACAUAAGCCCACGGUUGAUGACUCUGUGUCGACGACUUGGAAGAGAAUUUAGACAAGAAGAUUCGCAAACAAGUGGAUGAAGAUACCGAACGAUGUCUCGCUGAUCCAAGUCCUGAACCCAUCGAUGGUUUCUGUACCCCUUUAGUCCAAACUCCGCCCGGUUUCCAGUUCCGUGGGUGCGACAUGCUCACUUGGUACACACCAAAUUGAAGAACAUUGCUUGGGUGCAUAUUAGUUGUUUACUUCGCUUUAUGUUGUCGAAACUGAUUUUUCCGUUAUAUAUAACUUCUCCAGGCUUCUGAUAGCACUGCACUGUGCGAAAAACCUGUGUGAUUUCAACC